CUGGUUGAGAGCCCGACGGGGGUUAGAACUGGGCGGGAUCCAGCGUCAGGGUCCUGGAAGGCCAGUCAGAGUCAACGUCUAGCCCGGGUCAGACAGCGGGGGCCUGGUCCCUCUUAACCUGGGGCCUCAGAUCCAGCCCCGGGGCAGGGUUCAGUACGGCGCUUGGGGAGAGCCGAAGUCCCUGGGGCAGGCUGGGGUGGAAGACAGGGAGGGUUCUUGGUCGGGAAGGAGCUCUGAGCACCACGUGGGGGCGCUCGAAGGGGCUUGGGCCACCCUCUCUGGGUCAAAGGUCAUCGCAGAGGCGGGGGAGAACUUCUUCCUUCUCCUCGGCCGUCUUCAUGUACUUCCUGAUAACCUGAUAGAGGUCCCCCGGGGGCGGAGGGGGAGGGAAAGCUAGCAACUUCGGGUAACUUCCCAUAGGUGUGCGCAGGUUAGGGGGCGGGGCGCCCCAUGAGGUGGUGGACUCUGCGGCAGGCUUGGGGUGCAAGGAGGUGGAGCCGCACCCGGUGGUGUGGCUGGAACUGGGCAUGCUGGGGCAGGAGGGGCGCGGCGUGACUUGGGUGAGAGGCUGUACUUUCUCGCCAGAGUCUGUGCCACUGUAUGUGCUUCAGGGGACCCUUCGAGAUGGUGCGAGAUUGAAUCAUGAGCGUGUUUAUGGAGGUUUUGAGAGAAGUGUGAGAGUAAGGAUUAGGGGUUUGCGAGUAUGAAAACCCCAGAACAGUGAGUAGGUAUAUGGGGACACUGGAGAACCCAGGUGACCAGCGCCAUGUCCAGCCAGGUGGUGGGCAUUGAGCCUCUGUACAUCAAGGCAGAGCCAGCCAGCCCUGACAGUCCGAAGGGUUCCUCAGAGACUGAGACUGAGCCUCCUGUAACCCUGGCUCCUGGUCCAGCUCCUGCCCGGUGCCUACCAGGGCACAAGGAGGAGGAGGAUGGGGAAGGGGCUGGGCCUGGUGAGCAGGGCAGUGGAAAGCUGGUGCUCAGCUCCCUGCCCAAACGUCUUUGCCUGGUCUGUGGGGAUGUGGCCUCUGGCUACCAUUAUGGUGUGGCAUCCUGUGAGGCCUGCAAAGCCUUCUUCAAGAGGACCAUCCAGGGGAGCAUCGAGUAUAGCUGUCCAGCCUCCAACGAGUGCGAGAUCACCAAGCGGAGACGCAAGGCCUGCCAGGCCUGCCGCUUUACCAAGUGCCUGCGGGUGGGCAUGCUCAAGGAGGGGGUGCGCCUGGACCGUGUCCGGGGUGGGCGACAGAAGUACAAACGGCGGCCAGAGGUGGAUCCGCUGCCCUUCCCAGGUCCCUUCCCUGCAGGCCCCCUGGCAGUAGCUGGAGGACCCCGGAAGACAGCCCCUGUGAACGCACUAGUGUCGCACUUACUGGUGGUUGAGCCUGAGAAGCUAUAUGCCAUGCCUGACCCUGCUGGCCCUGAUGGACACCUCCCAGCUGUGGCUACCCUCUGUGACCUCUUUGACCGAGAGAUUGUGGUCACCAUCAGCUGGGCCAAGAGCAUCCCAGGCUUCUCGUCACUGUCACUAUCUGACCAGAUGUCAGUACUGCAGAGCGUGUGGAUGGAGGUACUGGUGCUGGGUGUGGCCCAGCGCUCACUGCCUCUGCAGGAUGAACUAGCCUUUGCUGAGGACUUGGUUCUGGAUGAAGAGGGGGCACGGGCAGCUGGCCUUGGGGAGCUGGGGGCAGCUCUGCUGCAGCUGGUGCGGCGCCUGCAGGCCCUGCGGCUGGAGCGAGAGGAAUAUGUCUUGCUGAAGGCCCUGGCCCUUGCCAACUCAGACUCUGUGCACAUUGAAGAUGCUGAGGCUGUGGAGCAGCUUCGAGAAGCCCUGCAUGAGGCCCUGCUGGAGUAUGAAGCUGGCCGGGCUGGCCCUGGAGGGGGUGCCGAGAGGCGGCGGGCAGGCAGGCUGCUGCUCACCCUACCACUCCUUCGCCAGACAGCGGGCAAAGUGCUGGCCCAUUUUUAUGGGGUGAAGCUGGAGGGCAAGGUGCCCAUGCACAAGCUGUUCUUGGAGAUGCUCGAGGCCAUGAUGGACUGAGGCAAGGGGUGGGACAGGUCGGGGAGCUGACAGGACCUGCUCAGCAUGGGGUCAGCCCUAAGGGGGCAGACUAGGGUCUGGGCAGUGCUACAACCUGCUGGCAGGGCCAGGGCAAUGCCAUCAGUGCCUGGGAGCAGGCCCCAUGCCCUCCUCUCCCCCCUUGGGGGGGGUAUCAGGAGCUGGGAAUGUGAAUGCCCAGAGUGGGCACAGUGCUGCCCCUUGCAAGCCAUAAUGUGCCCCCAAGAGUGUAGGGGGCCUUGCGGAAGCCAUAGAGGGCUGCAGGGGAUGUGGCAGGCAGAAACCCCAUCUCAGGGAGGGAAGGGGAUGGAGGCCAGAGUCUCCCAGUGGGUGAUGCUUUUGCUGCUGCUUAAUCCGACUUCCUCUCGAGUAGAGGGGGACUUGGGAGAGCAAAGGCCCCUGCCCCCUUCGCUCCUCUCCUCAUCAUUUGCAUUGGGCAUUAGUGCCCCCUCCUCGAAGCAAUAACUCCAAGCAGGCUCCAGCCCCCGGGCCCCCAGGGCCCCCCAUGAGCUCCCACCUAGCCUCCUCAAGGGGUCAGGAGAGCACUGCCUCUAUGCCCUGCAGAGCAAUAACACUAUAUUUAUUUUUGGGUUUGGCCAGGGAGGCGCAGGGACAUGGGGAAGCCAGGACCCAGAGCCCUUGGCUGUACAGAGACUCUAUUUUAAUGUAUAUUUGCUGCAAAAAGAAACCGCUUUUGGUUUUGAACCUUUAAUGAGAGAGAGAAAAAAAAGAUAUACUAUGGAGCUCAAGAA